CAUUAUGUGUAUUACUGCAGUCUGAAGUCCACCAGGCUACAUGUGCAGUGCUUUUUUUUAGAACAGGCUGCACUGUAGCAGGUGAUGAUACUGCCAUCUAGUGGAGAUAUCAAAACAUGAGAAAAAAGCAUCUUAGAUGUGUAAUAUCUGUGACUCCCAAACUAAUAUCGAUGCACACACAAAACGACAUUUUAAGGCUUCAGUCCUUAAAACUCAGCGAUAUAUCUGUGAUGAGGCUCUAAAUAAUGCAUUUAUAUAUAUUCAUUCCUUUAGUUUAUUUUUUUGCAUUGAUGGGCUAUUUGCGGAGUAUUAUCUUCAGCCCAUUGAUGGUUUUCUGCACUUGUACGUGUUAUUUGAUCUCUGGUGUAUCACAUUAAUCAUUCAUGAUUGGGUUUUUCCUGAUUUCUAUUUUUAGAAAGUGGCAGAAAGCAAAUAAGAUAGGCCUACGUCACAGUUUGUCAUGUAUAUUUAAGGACUCUGGUGCCCCGCUCCUCCCUCUCUCUCUCUACUCCCGAAUUUCUCCCCCUGUGUGUGUGUGUGUGUGUGUGUGUAACAUACCCAUUCUCUUCUUCAUGGAUAUGGCCACCCAGCUGCUCCAUCCAACCCAUCCGCAGACCACGUGACCCACUUCUCCCAUGUCCUUCAGUAGUUCAUUCAGCAUGAUGGCUGCGGAUGCUGCGGAUGCUCUCUGCUGCAUCCUGCAUCCACACCGGCUCUCUCUCCUCUUUCUCACCGUCACCCUCUCCUCUCUGCCGGCCCCGACGAGAGCGCUGCUCGGCGUCCGGCCAGAAGACACCCAGAGCGGAGAACUGUCCGUGCAGGAUGGGGUACUGAGGGCGACCGAGGGGACCCGCUUCAUGCUGAGGGUUUACUACACCGCAUCUCCGGCUGCGGAGCAUCCCAACAGCCUGAACAUCAGCGGCAGACUUGACGCCGCUCCAGCCGCACCGUGGAUCGCGUUUAUAGAGGAACCAGGUGAGGAGAAAGGGGACGCGGAGAGACGCCUGCGGUCCAGAGGGAACCCGUGUGAAGAGGAGAAUGCUCGGAGCUCUGAUAUCGAGCUGCUGGGCUCCUUCAGGUCCACUUCAAGUCACAACUCAGUUUUGGUGGAGCUGCUCGCUAAAGACCUGCGCAGAGGCGAGGUGAUCAAGUACUACUCCAUGUGCGCGUUCGAUGGAGUGAAAUGGGAGCAUUUCAGCACCAAAGACUUCUGGUUAGCGGUGGUGGAGAGACCUCCAGAGGCAGAUGUUUGGCUCCAAGCGGGUGUGUCGGUGCUCUUGUUGGGGCUGUCUGCGCUCUGCAGCGGUCUGAACAUAAGCAUGCUGGCUCUGGACCCCGUGGAGCUGCGGGUCCUACAGAACAGUGGCACAGAGAAGGAGCAGAAAUACGCACGGAAAAUAGAAUCAGUGCGUAAACACGGAAACUACAUCCUUUGCACUGUGGUGCUGGGCAACGUGUUAACAAAUACAUGCUUUGUGGUGUGGAUGUGCCAGAUUUUAGGAAUGACUGCUCUCUCAACUGCCUUCUGUAGUUUGGGGAUAUUCUUUAUAGGCGAGAUUUUACCUCACUCUGUGGCGUCCAGGCACAGUCUCGCCAUCGCCUCCAAGACCCUCUGCGCCACCCGCCUGCUCAUGCUGGUGUUUUUCCCCAUCGCCUACCCAGUCUCCAAGAUUCUGGACAUCAUGCUGCACCAGGAGAUCAGCAACUUUUACACCAGGGAGAAGUUGGUAGCCAUGCUGCGUGUCACAGACCCUUACCACGACCUGGUCAAAGAGGAGCUCAACAUCAUCCAGGGAGCCCUGGAACUGAGGACCAAGACCGUCGAGGACGUGCUGACCCCGCUGUCAGACUGCUAUAUGCUGUCCUCGGACGCCGUCCUGGACUUUUGCACCAUGUCCGACGUGAUGCAGAGCGGCUUCACCCGGAUCCCUGUCUACGAGAACGAGAGGUCCAACAUCGUGGACAUCCUGUUUGUCAAAGACUUGGCCUUCGUGGAUCCUGACGACUGCACUCCUCUGAAAACAAUCACUCAGUUUUACAAGCAUCCCAUGCAUUGCGUGUUCAAUGACACCAAGCUUGAUGUGAUGCUGGAGGAAUUUAAGAGAGGUAAAUCCCACCUGGCUGUGGUGCAGAGGGUGAACAGUGAGGGAGAGGGAGACCCGUUCUAUGAGGUGAUGGGCAUCGUCACCCUGGAGGACGUAAUAGAAGAGAUCAUCAAGUCCGAGAUUGUGGAUGAGACAGACCUGUAUACUGAUAAUCGGACCAAAAGGCGAGUAUCCAACCAUGAGAGGAAACAGCAGGAUUUUUCUAUCUUCAAACUGGCAGAAAAUGAGCUGAAGGUGAAGAUCUCGCCCCAGCUGUUGCUCGCGACGCACCGCUUCUUGGCUACAGAGGUAGAGCCUUUUAGGCCGUGUCACCUGUCAGAGAAGAUCUUGCUGCGUCUCAUUAAACAUCCCAGCGUUGUGCAGGAACUCAAGUUCAACCCCAAGAACAAACACGCCUCUCAGCACUACCUCUUCCAGAGAAACAAACCUGUCGACUACUUUGUCCUCAUCCUGCAGGGACGGGUGGAGGUAGAGAUAGGAAAGGAGGCUCUCCGCUUUGAAAAUGGAGCAUUUUCCUAUUAUGGCAUGCCAGCACUCAUCCCACCACUGCCUAUUGGUCACAGGUAUAGUUCCAGAGGCAGCGGUCUAAACCAAUCAGAUUCAUUACUGAGUGGAGGCAGUGUGGGUCAGCUCACCACAGGAGGAGGGAUCUACUUGCCAGACUACUCAGUCCGACAGCUCACAGACCUGCAGAUCAUCAAGAUCACCAGGAACCAUUACCAGAAUGCCCUAACAGCCACCCGGAUGGACAGCUCCCCUCAGACGCCAGACCCAGUGGAUCCUGAUGCUAAAGGAAGGCCAGUCCCAGAGGCUCGCUCGCACAGCAUUGCCCUCCCCCUCACACACACGCACACUCGGUUGGGGCUGGCACGCCUUGCACAUCUCCAUCCCCACGGUGGCCUUCGCAACACCUCCCAGCUCAACGAAAGAAAUCGCAUCGUUCGCAGUAAAUCUGAUGGACAGAGGAGUCCAAAUGAUACCGUGUUCCUCCGCAUGGAUGAGAUUCCCUACAUCCAUGAGGACAGACCGGAAAAUUAUGGAGAGAAUGAUGUGCCUACAGAAUCUCAGCCAUCCACCUCUCCCUUCAUCAGCUCUCUGUCUCUGUCCAGCUCUGAGGAGAACAUUGGAAAGAAGCUACUGCGUAAAUUGAGUAACAAGAGGAGGAAAAAGUCUCGAGACGGAGAAAAGAGUUUGGAGGAAAGCUCAGAGCAACCACCAGUGACAAGCUAGCACAGUGGCACUGAGGAAAAGCGAUGAAGCACACAGCCUCUUCCUCUAUCAUCCACUUGGUAUCCUAACUGAAAAACCACUCCUUCGUAGACUCUCUCCAUGCUCCGACACAACUCUCACAGGAGACUGAGCCAUCCUAUCUGCUGUAGCCACCGAAUACUCAGGUCCCCACUGACACACUCUGUCCCACAUCUGCCUGACUUCACACCCUUAAAAUAAUUGCUGACUAUCAGAGGGACCGAUCUGAAAAAGACUUGAUUGGACAAAUCUAAACAGCAUAGUAUUAGAUUUAUCUAGCCUUACACUGGACUGUUUUAAUCAUGUUUUAUAAUUAAUGGAGCAAACAGUGUAUAUUUGACCUUUUUAUGAUAGCUCUAUCCAUCAUAUUAACAUUUAAGCAUUUCAUUUAAGCCAUGAUGUGUUACUAAAACAGCAGCAUAGCUUGUCAGUUGUUAACAGACUCUAUGAGAUCAAGCCCAGCAUGAUUCUUAGAUAACAUCUGAGCCAGCUUUGACCUUUUACUUGAUCAAACAAUGAAUAAAAAAAAUAUUUAUUAUUUAUUUGUUAUUAUGAGGCAGUUCCCACAUACUGAAAAUGGUGUUUGCACAGGGAACUGUCCUAAUGUUGCCAUAAGGGUGCCACUGACUGCCAACACAACCUGGCACACUAGCCAUCGGCUAAGAAGAAAAAGCCACUCGACAAGAGCACAAUUUUUACACCAGGUUAAAAGAACAGAGUUAUUUUUAAAAAGCCAUAAUGACUCCUUAUUGUAUACACUGACCUCUCAGCAAGUGUAGAGAGAAGAACAAUGGAGAUAGAAAAACACAAUUUCUUAACUGAUUUUUAUAUGUGUCAGAAUUACCAAAAGUAAUUUGAAGAUAGCAAUAUAAAUCAUCUUAUAUACUGUAAAUGGCUUGAAUUCAUCACCACACUGCCACACUCAUACGUUCAAUAAAUUUUCUUACCUUACAAGCAUGUUUCCUACAUACACCCUCUUUUCUAUCUGUCCUUCCAUUAAAACAACCCUCUCUCUGAAUAUGUAGCUGUCACUGACUUCUUACCAUUAGCUACCAUGUUAGCCACUUUUCUAUGUACAGUUCAUCUCUCACCAGGCCAGUCACUAAAGCUGCAUACACCAUUUGAAAAUAAGCUAGGGGGUUUUGAGGGAUUUUGGAUCUUUGGGACUGGGGUACAAACAGAUAUUAUGAGUAUUCUUGAGGAAGAGUAGUUGCUACUUGCAUGUUUGUUUAUGCUGCUUUUACCGUAGAAUCAUCCCCUGUAUAAAUCCCUGUUUAUCCAUAUGCAUGCUUAUGUAAAAGGAUGCAUGAAUAUGAUGAUACCAAUCUGCAUUAAUGUUUCCCCACAGAGGUGCAGCGUGUGACUUACUGAAAUCUUACACUACUGUAGAUCUUAAACGAACUUCACUAAGAAAGGAGCGUGCCAUUGAAAGUAUUGAUAUAAAUAUUUUAACAUUUACUACUAACUACUAACUCUUGUGAGAGUGGGGGGCUUUAAGUGAGUGUGAGAGUGAGGUCAAAAUUAUGAGGAUAGAGGAGACAAGAGAACGCUGCUCACUGAGGGAAAUUUUAAAGCUAUUCUUAUAGAAAUUAAAUAUUACUCCAACAAUGACAUAAUGAUUUGUUGGAUCCUUCAUGAUAAAAUAAUAAUUUUAAUCCUUUCUAAAGUGCGUGUGUGCAGCCACUGCAAGCACAGGUUGGACUGUGCUGAUCUGCAUUGUGAAAUCUUGGCAGGUACACCACUGCUCAGCUGAACAGCAAGAGAAAGAGAUAUGAAAGAGGAAAGCAAUAUGACGCUCACUGACGUCAAGCCACCGCCUCCCUUCAAAGACACACAUUCACACACAGGUGGUGUUUGGGGACACUCACUGAUAUAAUUCAUUCUGCCUAGUAAGGCUGUGGAAGUACAAAGGAUACCGCACUGCUAAGCUAUUCACAUGGACCCCUCUAUAUACACAGAGCACACAACGGGAAGUCUUUUGAUCUGACAAAAGACUCUGAGUGAGAGGAUUUGUGUGAAUCAGAAACUCUCACAGCCGAAUGCUUUCAGAGCUUUUGCAGUUGGUUUACACUGAUUUAUAUUUAUAUUUGUAAGAACUGAUAUACUGUUUGUUUGGGAUAAACAGGCAAAGUUAUGUUUUGUAAUGUAAAAUUCAAAUGAUUAUAUAACUUACCCAAAGAUAUCAAGAGACAGACCAUAUGUUCAACACAAGGGAAAUUUAAAUAAUUAAUAAACUGAGUGAACUAUU